AUGCUCUCAUAUAUCAUACCUUUUUGCAUAUAUCUAUACUUUUCUCUUGCCGUUCUGGCAUCCCCUACGACACGUCUGAGAGACGUGUAUCAUUUUCCGAACGGUACCUGGCUAGAGAAUAUAGCCGUUCGCUCCAACGGAAACAUUCUCGUCACAGCAUACAACCUAGCCCAGCUAUGGGAAAUCAAUCCAUUCAAUGGAAAUAAUUCCCACCAUGCGCGUCUGGUCCACCAAUUUCAAAACCCGGGCACAAUCACCGGUAUCACAGAGAUCGACCAGGAUAUCUUCGUGACAAUCGCCUCAAACUCUCUAUGGAAGGUCGACCUAAGCACGACUGAGCCAGUAGUCAAUCCAAUCAACAUCACAAUUCCAGCUGGAACUCUAAACGGGAUGGCAACUUUAAACGAUUCAUCACUGGCUAUCUCAGAUUCAUCCUUGGGUCUUAUUUGGCGCGUGGACAUCGAACAAGGAACUUACGACAUCAUGAUAAGAGAUAACACAACAGCCACAAGCACAGCAUUAGGCCCAAAUCUCGGUGUCAAUGGUAUCAGGAUCUUGGACGGUUACCUAUACUAUGGGAACUCGCCCCAGAGAUCGUUCUACCGCGUUCGCGUCCACGAGUCUGGCAAUACGGUUGGACAGCCCGAGACCAUUGCGCAAGGAGUGUUGGCGGAUGAUUUUGCUGUUACGUCUUCGGGGGCCUAUCUUGCUGGUUUGACGGAUAAUGUUAUCACAAAGGUAUCCCUUAAUGGUGAAGCGCAUGUCGUGGCGGGGACUAGAAACUCGACUGCAGUGAUGACGGCGACGUCGGCUGCUGUUGGGAGGACGAGGAUGGAUGGGAAUGUGCUCUAUAUCACCACAGGUGGAGAGACACAGGAACCUGUCAAUAAUACUGACCAUAAGGGGGGGAAGAUUGUCGCGCUUAAACUUGAUAUUUAG